AGCCGCCGGCUGGAGCAGCAACACGAAUGCGCCGAGCCCGGCACCGGCGAGCCCGCCCUCCCGGAUGACCCAUCUGGCGUCCAGUCUCCUAGCAACGACGCUAGACUCCUCCAACCGCCCUUUCCAACCGCACGCGCCACCAUCUACCUACAAGCCCCCUGGCUGUCCAAGCUGCUCUGCUCCUCUUCGUUCCAAUCCCUCCCCAAGCCAGCAGCUUUUAGAUCAUGCCUGGAGCUAAGCCUGCCCAGAGUCCAGAGGAAGGCGGUGUGUGCAUUACUGAAGCCCUUAUCACUAAGCGGAACUUGGCCUUCCCUGAGGAUGAGGACUUGUCAGAGAAGAUGUUCCACACGCUUGCUGAACUGCAGACUGUCCGCCUGGACCGGGAGGGAAUUACCACUAUCAGGAACCUAGAGGGCCUCCAGAAUCUUCACAGCCUCUAUCUGCAAGGGAAUAAGAUCGAGCGAAUUGAGAACCUGGCCUGCGUCCCCUCCUUACGCUUCCUGUCUCUGGCAGGAAACCGAAUCAGGCAGGUGGAAAACCUCCGCGACCUCCCACACCUCCAGUUUCUGGACCUUUCUGAGAACCUGAUAGAAAUACUGAAGCUGGAUGAAUUCCCCGAGAGCCUUCUCAUCCUCAACCUGACUGGAAACAGCUGCACCAACCAGGAUGGCUACAGGAAACUGGUGACAGAAGCCCUGCCACUGCUCCUGGAUCUAGACAGGCAGCCUGUGGCAGAGCGCUGGACCUCGGACGAGGAGGAUAAAGCCUCAAGCGAUGAGGACGAGGAGUUCCCAGAGCUGAGAGGCCCGUUCUGCUCAGAGCGAGGCUUCCUCAAGGAGCUGGGGCAGGAGAUGAGCAGGCACCAGGAGCACAGGCAGUGGACAGCCCUGCUGGAGCACCUACUGAGGGUGGAGACGCGGCCCGCCCUCACCGACCCCCCACUGCUGCCAGGGGCACCCAUGGCCAGGGACAGAAGCCCUUCCGUCACUCCCAGGCAAGGGAAGGAGACAUCCCCAGAGCCCGUCUCCUUGCCACAAGCCUCCUCUGCCACCAAGAAACCAUGCCUUCUGGCUUCCAGGAGCCAGGAAAGCACUUUCAGGCAGGGAAGGGGGUCAAGAGUGGCCGCAGCCGCCAAGGCCUCUCCGGCUGGGGCCCCCAGCACGACCAAAACUGUGACCAAAAGAAUCAAGAAGUGAAGUGCAGCCCAUCGCUAUCAGCAAAGCCCCAGGAACACGGGGGUACGAGGAGUGGAGUGGGUCUCCCCUCCCCCUCAGAGCCCUCGCCUGUGGCAGGAGCCUGUCCCCAAUAAAGUAUCUCCAGGCCCUG